GAAACAAAACCCUGGCGCCGUUUCUUACAGAACUCUACAUAUAUAGCCAACGCCCAAUUCAAUUGUGAAUUAGGGUUUAUCAACUUCUUUUCCUCUUUUUUAGGGUUUAAGAAUUAUCAAUGGAGAUUGAUUUGAAGAAGCUCCCUUUUGACCUUGACUUUCAUCCCUCUAAUCAGUUGGUUUCUGUUGGCUUAAUCACUGGUGAUCUUCAGUUAUAUCGUUAUGCUGCUGAUUCAACCCCACAAAGGGUUUUUGAAGUUUCGGCGCAUAAAGAAUCAUGUAGAGCUGUUCGGUUUAUUAAUGGAGGAGGCGCUAUUCUUACUGGUUCUCCGGAUUUCUCACUUUUGGCAACGGAUGUUGAGACUGGAACUCAGGUUGCCCGUGUUGAUGAUGCACAUGGGGCUGCUGUAAACCGGUUAGUUAAUUUAACAGAGACUACUAUUGCGUCCGGUGAUGAUGAUGGUUGUGUGAAGGUGUGGGAUACGAGACAACGUUCAUGCUGCAAUACCUUUAGUGUUCACGAAGAAUACAUAUCAGACAUGACUUUUGCGGCUGAUUCUCAUAAAUUGGUGGCUGCAAGUGGGGAUGGAACUCUUUCUGUUUGCAAUCUGCGAAGUAACAAGGUACAAACACGGUCCGAGUUUUCAGAAGAUGAGCUGCUGUCAGUUGUUAUUAUGAAGAAUGGUCGAAAAGUUAUAUGUGGAACGCAGACUGGUGCUCUACUAUUGUAUUCCUGGGGUUUUUUCAAGGAUUGCAGUGACCGCUUUAUUGAUCUCUGUCCAAACUCUGUGGAUGCGUUGUUAAAGCUUGACGAAGAGAGGGUCAUAACUGCCUCAGAAAAUGGUGUUAUCAGCCUUGUAGGAAUAUUACCCAACAAAAUAAUCCAGCCAAUUGCAGAACACUCGGAGUAUCCUGUUGAAAGACUUGCCUUUUCUCAUGAAAAGAAAUUUCUUGGCAGUAUCUCACAUGAUAAUAUUUUGAAGCUAUGGGAUUUGGAUGAGAUACUACAAGGAUCUAAAAGUACAGCUAAAAAUUCUUCAGCUGCAGAUGACAGUGACAGUGAUGAGAUGGAUAUGGAUGUGGAUACUCUUGCUCCAAAGCCUAGAAGAGGGACGAAAAGAACUGCAAAUCCUGGGCAGAUACAGGAGAACUUCUUUGCAGACUUGUAGCUGGUCUGCUUAAUCUCCCAACAACCUUAAAAGUUGACUCCUCUUCGGGUUAAGGAGCUUGUAGAGAAGCGGCUCGUGUCACUUGUAUCAAAACUUCUGUGUUAAAAGUUGAGCAUUAUGGUCCUACUUCUCGUAUAAUUUAUAAUACUUAUUUUGUGA